GAUGAUGAGCUCGACCGCGACCGCGCCCGCCGCCGCCGCGCGCGCGCCCGCCGCGCGCGCCGCCGCGAUACCGCGACGCCGCGCGUCCACCGCCCCCGUCCGCCGCCGCGCGUCGCCGUCGUCGUCGUCGUCGUCGACGACGAUUCCCAGAGCGACGGCGACGGAGAAUGGCCCUCAGGCGACGGAUUACGCCGCCGCGGACCGCCGCGCUCAAGGCGGGCCUGCGCGCGACCGGCACGAGGGCAGACUGCGCGCUGGUCGUCGCCGACGAGCCCGCGCUCUCCGCCGGCGUCUUCACGAAAAAUAUGGUCGCCGCCGCGCCGGUGCUGUACUGCAAAGAGACGAUGGCGAACAACGCGCGCGCGAGAGCGGUGCUCGUGAACGCGGGGCAGGCGAACGCGGCGACGGGCACGAAAGGGAUGGAGGACUCGGUCGCGAGCGCGAACGCGGUCGCGGCCGCGCUCGGGAUCGACGCCUCGGAGGUGCUGCUCGAGUCCACGGGUGCGUUCUAUCUUACACUGGUUCCCAUACGACCGCGUCGGCGUGGUGAACGCCGAUCCUUAAGGACUUUUCCUGGCGUCUCUCUCCGCCCACACCUCGCUUUCAAUCCCCGCCCUCGGCGCCUUUCAACUUCAACUGACGCCUUUCAACUCCAAGGCGUCAUCGGGAAACGCAUCAAGAUGCCCGAGCUCCUCGCCGCGGUGCCGACGCUCGCGGCCAACCUGAGCGCCGGCGCGGACGCCGCCGCGGCCGCCGCGACGGCGAUCUGCACGACCGACCUCGUGCGGAAGUCCAUCGCGAUCGAGGUGGACCUGGGCGGCGGGAGGAGGGCGAAGAUUGGGGGGAUGGGCAAGGGCAGCGGGAUGAUUCACCCGAACAUGGCGACCAUGCUCGGCGUGAUCACCACGGACGCGAACGUGGACGCGGCGGCGUGGAAGGCGAUGCUGAAGCGCGCGGCGACGAACUCGUUCAACCAGAUCAGCGUCGACGGCGACACGAGCACGAACGACACGGUGAUCGGCCUCGCCUCCGCCGCCGCGGGCGGCGACGUCAUCGAGGAGGGCUCGAAGGAAGCCGCGACGCUCGAACGCGCCGUCGAGGCGGUUUGCGUCGCCGUCGCGAAGAGCAUCGCGUGGGACGGCGAGGGCGCGACGUGCCUCAUCGAGUGCGUCGUCACCGGCGCCACCUCGGACGCGGACGCGCGCCGCGUCGCCCGGUCCGUGAUCUCGUCGUCGCUCGUCAAGUCUGCCGUCUUCGGCCACGACCCGAACUGGGGGCGGCUCGCCGCCGCCGCGGGCUACGCCGGCGUGGAUUUCGAGCAGAGCGAUCUCAGAAUCGCGCUCGGGCCGCACGUCCUCAUGGAGCGCGGCCAGCCGUUGGAUUACGACGCCGUCGCCGCGAGCGCGUACCUGAAGGAGACGACGGGGAGGCACGGGACGGUGACGGUGGACGUGAGCGUCGGGGGCGGCGGCGGCGCGGGGACGGCGUGGGGGUGCGAUCUCACGUACGAUUACGUCAAGAUCAACGCGGAGUACACGACGUGA